AGCGAUUAGAACAAACCGCGUAUGGCGAACGUCAAAGACAUGCAUCUCCUCCAAGACGGUACCCCUCCUGGUGGUUUCGCUCCGGUCUGCUAUGCUCGCCGGAUUCAGUGUCGUUACCAUAUUCCUCGCUGCUUUUGGCUCUAUCUCUUGGGGCAUGUACCAGGUCGGCAAGGGAAUAACAUCCGUCGUUACCGAAGUGGGAGUUUAAAACCUAUCUUGGAUGGCACGAGCAGGAUCAGGGUUCCGAUACGGGUUCAGGAUUGUACAGGGAUUGUGACGCUCACCCUAUUUGAGCGUGAGGUGCUUAAGCUAUUGAAGGUUAACGCGAGUCAGCUGUUGGAUAAGAACCUUGAUCUAACGAAGGGAAUUUUCCGCCUGAACUCAAUGCUCUACUCAACAGGAAGUUUGCAUUCAAGAUAGCCAUAGGUUCUUUUAACAUACAAAACAAAUCGGAUGGUUACUCUGUUUCGAAAUUAACUGACAAUCCAACCGUGAUUUCCGAACUAGAUAAGAUUUUUGAUGUC